CCGCCCGUCGGCCAUGGCCGCCGCCAGCGUCGCACGCCGCGGCCUGUGUGCCCUCCUGCUCGGCAGCCGCCGGCCGCUGCCGCCCUGGCUGCGCCCGCCGCCCGCCCGCGGCCUCCCCCGCGCCGCCGCCGGGCCGGGGCCGGGCGCGCCGCCGGCCCGCGCCGCGCUCUGCGCUGCCGUCCGCACAUACAGCCAGGUUACAGAUGCGCCACCCCAGGAAGGUCACCUCUCGGAGGAGGAAUCAUCCAAGGCAGAAAGUGAUGUCUUUCUCGUCAGGGCACAAGGAUUCCCCUUCUCCUGCACCGAGGAAGACGUGCUUACCUUCUUUGAGAGCUGUAGAAUUCGAAACGGUGAGAACGGCAUACACUUCCUCUUAAACAGGGAUGGCAGACGCAGGGGAGAUGCCUUGAUUGAGCUGGAGUCGAAAGCUGAUGUCCAGAGAGCGUUGGAAAAGCACCUGAGGUACAUGGGCCCACGCUACGUGAAAGUUUUUGAAGUACACGACAGUGAUGUAGAAGGCUUACUGCGGAGUCUGCGGGACGAGUCACAAGCCAUGAACGAUGGAGUGGUACUACUCAGAGGCCUUCCCUUCAGCUCCACUGAGGAGGAUAUUGCUGAUUUCUUCUCAGGUUUGAAAAUAGCUGACAUAGUUUUUGUAUACCGGGGAGAAAGAAGAACAGGAGAAGCUUUUGUGCAGUUUACAGCUCCUGAUAUGGCAGCUAAAGCUCUGUUACGACACAAGGAAUACAUGGGAAGUAGAUACAUAGAAGUGUAUGUAAGUAGAAGGCAGCAUAUGCAAAGACACAUGCCUUAUGACAGGCAGAUGCUGACCUACUCCAGAGACAGAAAAGAACAGGAAGCCCUUCCUGAAGAAAGGCAUCUGAGUGGCACAGGAAGCUUCCAUGCUGAGAGAGAAAACAAAUUGUGCAGGGAAGAAAUAGAAAGCUCCAGGCACGUCCAAGAAUCUGGGAACACCUCGUCCCCACUGCCCUUUGUCCACGUCCGGGGUUUUCCCACCCAAGCCAGUGCCCAGGACAUCAUAAAUUUUUUUGCUCCACUGAAGCCCACAAGGAUCAUGGUAGAAUACAACUCCCAUGGAGAUGCCACAGGAGAAGCAGACGUGCACUUUGAGAGCCGGGAGGAUGCAGUGGCUGCCAUGGCUAAGGAGGGCUCACAGCUGCAGUGCAGCGCCAUUGAGUUAUUCCUCAAUGAACAGCCAAAGGCAAGAGAAAACUGCUAAGGAUGGUGGUGUGGCCGCAGAUCUGGCCACACAUUCAGCGAACACAUUCCGUGGGUAUGAGCGCGGAGACUGAGUACGAGCAUCACUGCUCAAAACACCAUCAACUGUAUAAAAGCUAAUGUAGCUUUGUGUAAAAGCAUGUAAUAAAUUGUGUUGACAUACUGUGGA